GUCACUCAAAACAAGAACGAAAAUAGAAAAAUAUUUGCCUGGCCUGCGCUGCGAAAAACAAGCAGGAAGAGGAACGUUAAUUGUUUAUCGAAUAGUUCUGGGUGUUGUUGUUGCAGUGGGAAGAAAAAAGUGCUUUCUUUGUUCCGGAACACAAACUUCAGAUGUACCAACAGUAUUUAAAUCAGGCGGUGCGGACGCUGCAGAAUCUGUCCUCGGACGAGCUGAAGGAUCUGCUGAACGAUGACGACAAACUGGACGAACGGGUCGAUCAGGCCGUCCAAUCGCUGGAAUCCGAGAAGGAUCUGCUGCUCGGCGAGAACCGCAGCCUGGCCGAGAGCAACCUGGAAAAAGAGCCGAAAGUGAUCGAGCUGCGGUCGCGCGUCAACGAUCUGUCGGAACAGGGCCGGGCGCUGGCCACGUCCGUUCGCCAAAAGUCAGAUGAUCUGAAAACCAAAUCGGGCAGCACAAACCCGGACACGGUGCUGGCCCUGCUCCAGACGGCGGCCGCCGAAAGUGAGGAAGAGUCCGAGCAGAUCGUCAAGCAGUUUCUCGACAACGAAAUCGCCAUCGACGUGUACCUGGACAAGUUCAUGAGCAGUCGCCGAACCAUGCACAGCCGCAAGCUGAAGGCGGAAAAGAUGACGGAACUGGUGCGAAACGGGCUCAGUGGCAGCGCCAGCAGUCAACAGCAACCGUUACAGCGUCCUAGCUUUGGCAGUCCUUACCCGCCGCCGCCGGUGCAUGCCGGAUCCGGGUUCUAUCCGCCGAUGCCGAAUGCCGGAGCGGUGCCGUACCCGCUGGGACCGGUUUCAAUGCCGAUGCCGGGAAUGCCCCAGUGGAAUCGACCGCCGUACUAAUCGAGGGUUUCUUUAGGGAUUUUGCACUCAUACAAACACACACGCGCAUGCCGAAUUGGGUUGGGAUGUUUUACGUAUUUAAGAGAAGAGAGAUUAAUGUUUGACGCUGAUUUCAAAAUUUGCUCGGAAAUAAAGUUUAUAUCACUGAGC